CAGUUCAUCACCCGCCGCCUCAUCGCCGUUUUUGGCCGGCGAUUUCAAUUUCUGGCAGCGAAUCGGUCGAAAGAUAAAGAGGAACAAGGAGCAAAGUUGAGGAUGCCGAAUCGAGGGUUCAUUUGGGGUGUUAAUAUUCUCAGAUCAUUCUCGCAACUCGGGUCCGCCUCUGCAGUUCCUCACGUUCAAAGAUCGUUUCUUUUUUCCACAAUUUCCACUUCGUCGCUUUCACUUCCCCGUUUUUAUUCCACAGUUAAAAUUUUGAUAUCCAUCUCCUUGUAGAAUCAUCUUUCUGUUUAGUUGUUAGCGGGUAUGAUGCUACAUGUCUUUCAAUCCAGCGUUUUUCUCCAUUUGCUGCUGAGCAGUAUUAUGCAAUGGUAUAUGGGACUGGGGAAAAGGGGUCUCAUGGGUUCGAAGACACAACCCACGGAAGGUGAUCCCACUAACCCAAAGCGUGGAUCCAUCAAUGGUACUACUGUUUGAUGUUUGUCUUUCAUUUUUUUUUUUUAAGGAAUUAUAUGGUUUGAGGUCAUUGUUGGUUGAAUGUCCUGAAGAAAGGACAUGCUUGAUAUGGCAAUGGAGGAAUUGGGUCAGGCUCUUGAAGAAGAAAAAAUGUGAGUCACCAUGACAUGAUUGAAAUUAUAUGUUGAUUAUCCCCUUAAAGAUAAAAGAUUAGAAUCAUCAGUCACAAAGCACAACUGACUUGAGAAUUGUUGACUUUUUUGGGUUGAUAACAGUUUAAGUUCGAAGUGGUAGAUAUAACUGAGUUUUGUGCAGUAUUCUGCAAUAAAUUUAUUUGAUAGCUAUCCUUUUAUCACUAAUUAAGUGUAUUAAAUCACUAAAUUCCUCUUGCUCUCCGAACGGAUAGCUGUAUUUGGGAUUCUUCAGGUGGAUGUCCAUUUAAGGAAUGAAGAUUUGAGGAUUGAUACCUAUAGAUCUGAUGGUUCUGGUGGUCAAUAUGCAAAUACUACUAAUAAUGCUGUUAGAGUAACUCAUUUGCCUAUUGGGGUAACAGUUGCUAUGCGAGAUGAACGAUCCCAACAUAUGGUAAAAGGUCAUAAUCAUUAUUAUUGUUUUGCAUUUCAUUUUUCUUCAGCAUUUAGAGCAGAAUUGGCCUUUUCUUUGCAUUUAUUGACACAGUGAUUGUGAGGGUGGAAACAUGGACUUGUUCGUUUUGCUUCUUUUGCAUCCUUUCUCUAUUGUCACUGUUAAGGGACUUUCAUUUCUUUCUAAAUCAUACAAGAGCAGAGCAACAAUAUGUCAUUGAAUAAUGUUAUAAUGUUAUA